AGACAGGGAAAGAACUAAGUGAAUAUUUUUGGCCGCUGCAUUACCUAAAAUGAAAAAGAAAAAUCUUAUAUGUUAUAUAAGAAAACCUGUAAUUAUUCAAAAUUAUCUGCUUAAUAUUCUUGCUCAAGCAGCACCUUAGCUGGAUUGGCUGUUUCGUAUUUGUGUGGUUGCUAAGCUCGCUCCCCAGGAGCGGAGUCAAAAUGCCGGACCUUCCGUCGCCGCUACCUGUCACAAUAGCCAGGAGUUGUGUCAACAGUUAGAUGAGAUAGCGUACUCGUGGCAUGUCAGCUCAGGCCGCGUUUUGUCGGCUCAGCUAUUUUGCUAAAAAAAAAAAAAUGCUGGAUGCUACAGCGCACGUGUUAAUUCUGUUAUCAUUGUCCGCGAUGGCAGUGUCAAUGGACCGGUAUCAAUAAAUUUAUGUUAGCCUCAUACAUAGCUGCGGCGAACUGUCAUUGUGUGCACGAUGCAUCCGAAUCGACUCGAGGCAGUAAAGAUUAGACAGACGUCACAAAGUAAGAAAGCAGAAAUCAAAUACCAUGUCUUGGACAUCGAGAUUGAUGACCAUGGAGAAGCAGCGUGCAGUACCGGCAUAUGUGAACAGUACCCUGAGGAAAUUAAGCUUUUUCGAUAUAGUGAGAUUCCAGACUUUCUGAAAGGCAACCCAUGGGUAAUUGAUGGCUACCUUUUUCUGCCUUUUGGUCUCUGCGUGAAAAGUUUGUUUGUUUGGAAUAAUGAAACUAACAUCUGGUCACAUCUGAUUGGGUUUCUCGUUUUUCUUGUCCUGACACUAUAUGACAAUCUUAUUUUCUGCAUGCUGUGUUCCACGGGCUUCCAUAUUUUCUGCUGUCAUUCAGAACGCGCAAGCAGACGCUGGCUGCAGGGUGGAUAUGACUGGGGUUUCAAUAGCAUCAUAGGUUAUAUGCCUGCAGUUCACUAUGCAUUUAUUGUAUAUCUUCCUAACAGUUUCAACACUUUGGUUUCAACUUCACCAUAUUUCUUCACAGCACGUUGGUAUUACUUGCGCAUGCAGUUUAUGUUGGCCUGGCAGUUACGUAUUGUUCCCACAAUCCAUUGGGUCUACCUUAGUGGUGGAUUUUCCAGCAAGAUUGUGCAGUGCAAAAGAGACAAUUGA